AUGGUUAAGAGCUUAUCUACUUAUUACCAUUUGUCUGAAUUCUCAUCUAUUUUAGAUUCUACUACAACAAUAACAACUUCAACUACCCCUUCAACAAGUACAACCACUACAUUGACAAGCGAAAGUGUGAACGAAGAUGUGAGUUUUGUUACUACUUCAACAAGUACAGGUGACCAAAUGACAAACACUUUUACUAAAAUUACAACAUUCAAAUGGAUACUUUUAAUCACAACUGGAAUGACUAACCUAAUAAUCAUCAAAUUCUCUGGUUUACUAGUAUUGCGCAAUGUGACAACCCCAACCCCCAAAGUUUCUUUAUAA